AUUUAAUCAAAAAAGAGAAAAGCAUACGGAUUAUUCUAGAGAAAAUGAAUUAGGCAAUGUUGAAGAGUGAUUGAAGAGAUCUAACUCAUCGUUUUUUCCAAAUCAAAAUUGACGAAAAAGCUAAAACCAGAAACCCUAAAAAUGCGACUCCAUUGUUGCCAUUUUUCCUUAGCAUUCCUCCUCAAAUUUCUCAAUUUCCUUCAAGCAUUUGUUGGUCUUUCAAUUCUUCUCUAUUCCAUAUGGAUGCUCAAUCAAUGGGAUCAUUUCACUCCUCAACCACCUCUUCCUCAUCUUUCCCUUUCUCUUCCUCGCUCCUUUUCCCCUCAAUUCACUUCUGAUAUCAACCUCCCCGCUCCAUGGUUCAUCUAUGCUUUCAUGUGUGUGGGAAUAUUGGUGUGCUGCAUUGCUUUCUUUGGUUGCAUUGCAGCGGAGAUUAUUAAUGGUUGCUGCUUGUGUUUUUACACAGUACUAAUCACAGUACUUGUUCUACUUGAGGCUGCUUUGGUGGCAUUCAUUGCAAUUGAUCGUCAAUGGCAAGAGGAUCUUCCGGUUGAUCCAACCGGUCAACUUGCGAGUAUUCGAUCUUUCAUCGAAGAUAAUCAAGAUAUAUCUAGAUGGGUUGGCAUUGCUGUUCUUGUAGUUCAGGCAUUAUCUCUAUUGGUAGCACUAAUAUUGCGAGCCACAGUUUCUACUCGAAGAGCAGAUUUUGAUGAUGAGGAGGAAUAUGAUGUUAGGGGUAGAAGUCGGGAGCCGCUAUUAAAUCAUCAGUCUGGCCAAACAUCUGGGAUAAGCAAAGGUGAUAUCAGAGGAAACCUCUCUGACGUUUGGAGUUCACGGAUGAGAGAGAAGUACGGAUUGAACAAUGGUGACAAGCACAGUUACGAAGCGUGAGUUACAGGCAAUGAGUGCUACUAGCUGUCAAGCUAUUCAGUGUGGUGUUAAUAUCUGAGUACAUAUGUAAUAUGUAUAUCUUGCUUAAAUGUUUUACUUUGUUAAAUUUACUCUAAAAACACACUUCUUCUUCCUUUGGUUUGUGGUUUGAGCUUUUGUGUGUAACUGUAUAUAAUAAAGCUGAAGAUAUUCAAUGUUAAUUGCCAGCCUCCAACUGUGGUUGUUCUCUGAAGAAAACCUCAGUUCUGCAUAGAUUUUGGAAAGCUUGAUUCGUAUGUUGAAUGUUGUAGUGUGAACAUCAAAAUUUCUAGAGAAUUCAAAUAGUUGGUUAAAUGUUUCUGAAUUGUAAGAAUAUGCGCUGUUGUCAGCACUUGCAUGUGUUUGAUAUCCGUAUAUGUUCUGAGAAAUCUAACUUGGCAGAAUUAAGGAAUCUCAGUUUUGUAUUCUGGGGUGAGGUAUAAUAUGUCUACUGUUACUUUUCUCAAUUCAA